AUGCUGAGAUCAUCUGCUUCGAAGUUCCAUGAUCUUGCUGUGUAUGAGCAUGGCUAUGCAAGUGCUGCUGCCAUUCGGUUGGCAUACAUGUUUACCACCUGCCUCAAUGCAAGCAAGAUGAGGCUGCAGCUUAAACCCCAUGUCUUUGAGGCAGAUUGCAAGUCUUGUGGUAAAUGCAAGCCCUACUAUAUGGCUGCUCUUGAACAGAACAUCAAGGGUCAAGAGGUAUUGAAAUGCAAAGGCUCAACUCCGUACAUCCUGGAUGCCCUUGUUGAUGAGGGCCGUCGCCUCCGUGAUGAUUUCCUCAAACAUUAUUCCAUCCUCCGGAGUUCUUCCACCAAUUCACCAAACCACAACCUCACUUCACCUUACCUUUCUACAUCUUGUAGGGCAACACAAGCUUUGCACAAAGGUUUUUAA